ACGUAACUGCCAAGAAACAACCUAAAAAAUAUCAAAAUCAAAAUCAAUGUCGGCGGCACACUGCUCAUUCACAGUUUGCAAAUUGCGAGCCCCACCAUUGAUUUUCAACUUCAAUGGCCAUACUCUUCCACCGCCAUCAUCAAUCUACAGUCUCCACCCUUCACCGCCCUUUCACCCUUUUAAAUUUCUCACCACCACCACCCCUUCACAUUUUCAUUCUACCCACCAAACACCCCGAAAUCCCAGUGCUCACUAUGAACCCGAACGAUGAAAAAUCUCCGAAAUUUUCAUCACCUUUGGACCCCUUUGAUGCUCCAUCUUCGAUGGAGUUCGAAACUGGAGGUGGGUCUGUUCCGGUUCCGAUGGGGUGCUUGCAGGGGACCCCUGUUCCGCCAUUUCUGAGCAAGACUUUUGAUUUGGUUGAUGAACCUUCUCUGGAUCCGAUCAUAUCGUGGGGAUCCAAUGGUGUUAGCUUCGUGGUGUGGGAUCCUUUGGAGUUUUCUAGGCUGGUUUUGCCUCGGCAUUUCAAGCAUAACAACUUCUCCAGUUUUGUUCGUCAGCUCAAUACUUAUGGAUUCCGCAAGAUUGACUCUGACAAGUGGGAGUUUUUCAAUGAUGCUUUCCAGCGAGGGAAGAAGCAGUUGCUGAAGAACAUCCAAAGGCGCAGGACGCAUCAUUCUCAACAGGUUGGGAGCUAUGUUGGAUCUUCUUCUGAUGCCGGGAAGUUCGGAGUUCAGGUUGAGAUAGAAAAGCUGAGGAAGGAGAGGAGUGUGUUGAUGCAAGAGGUGGUUGAUUUGCAGCAACAGCAGCGAGAAACGGUUAAACAUGCUGGUGAAGUGAAUCAGAGGCUCCAAUCUGCUGAGCAAAGGCAGAAACAAAUGGUUUCUUUCUUGGCAAAGUUAUUUCAAAACCCGAGCUUCUUAGCACGCCUUAAGCAGAAGAAGAAGGAACAAAGAGGUAUAGAAUCCCCAAGAGUGAGAAGAAAGUUUGUCAAACAGAAUCCUUCAGAAACUCUCAAAGAAGACCAGAUAGUGAGGUACCAACCCGAUUGGGGAAAUAUAAUCAUGUCUUCUGAAACUCCUGAACUAAGUCCUGUUUCCGUUGAACAUUCUCCUCACUACCUUUCACAGGAUUUAGCAAGAGAAAUGAGUGUAGGUGCAGAAGAUUUGACUCCUCAAGUUGAGAAUAUUACAUCAGAUGAACUUGCUGCAGCACUGCCUGAGAUUAUGCCAACUCCAGAAAUAUUUGGAGAUGGACCAUCUAGCUUUAGACUUGAAGAUACCUUAAUGAAAGGGAAAAAUGUCCUGAGUCCAAAUCAAGAAAUUCUUCCUGGGUAUUUUCUUUCCUUCCCUGAGGUUUCGGCCUCGGAGAAAGGCUUUGCUGAGUUUUCACCUCUUGAAACUGAAAGCAUGAUCAAGCAAGAAGACCUAUGGGACCCUGAGUUCAAUGUUGAUGUUGCUGCUUCUUCAAGCAGUGGGAAUGAGCUUUGGGGAAAUCAUAUGAAUUAUGGAGUUUCUGAAUUUGGAGUCACAAGUGGUCUGUCAGAGUCAGACAUGUGGGAUAUUGGCUUUGGAAGUUUGGGUAUUGAUCAGUGGCCAGUUGAUGACGAAAUAGCUGUUCAGCCAAAAGAAGAUAGACCUAAGAAUGAAUAGGGGUUCAUCUGCUCCUAUGCACUUGUUGCUCCUGGGGUACUUGCUGUGUUUAUAGUUCUCAGGGGCCAUAUUAUUGAAUAAUUUGAUUUAUAAUCAGUAUUCAUUCACCAACAUUCAUUCUUUCUUUUUUUUCCAAUUUUUAAGACUAAUUCUUUAAGUGUCAA